AUGAAUUUGCUAAUAUUAGUUGUAUUAAUUAAGAUGGUUGUAUGUAAAAUUAUUAAUUAUGUUAGAAGAGAUUAUAAUUUUAUGCUGUCAUUUUUAAGGACGAGAAAAAUAUUUAGUCAUAAAAAGAUAUAUUUCAAUUUUAAAGUUUCUAAGAAUUUUACAAAGAAUUCAUCAUUUAAUAGUUAUAGUGAUAUAUUAAAAUGUUUCUCUUUUCCAAGAAAAGGAUCUAAGGAUAAGACGAAGGAAAAUGAAACAUUUGAAAAAGGAGAAGUAAAAGAAGAAGAAGAAAAAGAUACAAACGUUAAAAGGAAAAUUAUUAGCGAAAGUAGUAAAAAUAAAAGAGCUAAAGUUAAGAAUGAAAAUGAUGUUAUAAAAAAAGGGUCGUUAUUUAAUUGUGUUGUAAGAGAAGAUGAAAAAGUGAAUGAUUUAAGCUCACCUAAAUUUAAUCCUGUACAUUUUAAUAUAAAUGAUUUAUAUUUAUCUGACAAAGAUAAAGAAAAACAUAAAUUUAAAGACUCCUUAUUAUUUACCUUUUUAACAAAUGCAUUUAAUCAAAUAGAAGAAUUAAAAGGUAGUGGUACAGGAAGUAAAAAAAAUGUAUCUAUUAUAUUAUCCAAUAUAUUUAGGGUUUUAAUAUAUUAUAGCCCUAAUGACUUAAUACCAGCUGUUUAUAUAACAUUAAAUAAAGUAGCUCCAGAUUAUUUAAAUGUCGAAGCUGGUGUAGGUGAAGCCUUGAUAUUAAAAACGAUGUCUGAAGCAUAUAGUAGAACGGAAAGUAGUAUAAAGAAGGAUUUACAACAAAUUGAAGAUUUAGGAAUUAUAGCCGAGAAUUGUUCUUGUAAAAUGAGAACAAUAUUUCCGUUACCUCGCUUAACUAUACAAUCUGUUUUUCAUGAGCUAAAAAGUAUACCUAACCUUAUAGGAUCAAACUCACAACAAAAGAAAAGGGAAGUCAUAAAGAAAUUGUUAGUAAGUGCUAAAACAUCUGAAGCUAAAUAUAUCGUGAGAUUUUUACAACAGCGUUUAAGGAUAGGUGUAAAUUCUGCAACGGUCGUACAAGCUUUGUCAUAUGCGUUUAUAUUAACAAGACCUAGUAUACCUGAUGAUAUUAUUAAAAGAGGGAAAGAAAUUAAUGAGAGUUUGAUUAAUGGUAAAUUGGAUGGUACUAAUAAUUUAAUUAAUAAAUCUAAUAACAAGACGGAAGAGAGUCUAACCCAAUCCGGUGAUAGGAAUUGUAUAAAGGAAGAAAAUUUAAAAGAUGAAUUAUUAUCAAAGGAUGAUAUAAAUAAAUGUGAAAACAUGGAUUCAUUAAUUAAUGAGAUACGUAUUCGAAAUGAAAAAAUAAACAAACCGAAUAUUUUUUAUAACCUGACUGAAAAGGUGGGUGACACACGAUUAUUACCAUUAUUUUUUAAAGAAUUAAAAAAUAUAUAUUGUGAAGAAAAUAAUGAUGUUGAUAUAUUUGAAUGUAUGGAAAAAUCAGUUAAGAGUGCUUUAUGUGAAUUACCAAAUAUCGAAAUAAUAAUACAAAAUUUAUUAAAUGGUGAUGAUAUGAAUACCUUAAGUAAAAAAUGUAUUGUUAAAACAGGUAUUCCCGUUCAACCUAUGUUAGCAAAACCAACUAAGGGUGUUCAAGAGGUGUUGGAUAGAUUUAAUAAUGUUACAUUUACUUGUGAAUAUAAAUAUGAUGGUGAACGAGCACAAAUACAUUAUAUAGAUAAGGAUAAUAUAAAAAUAUUCAGUCGAAAUUUGGAAACGAUGACUGAAAAAUAUCCAGAUGUUAUACAAAUAAUAAAGGAACAAAUUGUAGAGAAUGUAAAGGAAUGUAUUAUAGAUAGUGAAGUUGUUGCUUAUGAUAUAGUUAAUAAUAAAAUAUUACCAUUCCAAGUAUUAACUACUAGAAAAAGAAAAGAUGUAGAUAUAGAAAAUAUUAAAGUCAAAGUAUGUCUUUUUCCUUUUGAUUUAAUAUGUUGUAAUGGUAUACCAGUAAUUAAAGAACCUUUAGCUGUUAGAAGGAAAUUAUUAUAUUCUUUAUUAAAGUCUAAAGAGGGGGUGUUAUCAUAUGCUACCCAUUCCGAAAUGAAUAAUAUUGAAGAUAUUGAUAUGUUUUUACAAGAUGCUAUCGAAAAUAAUUGUGAAGGUUUAAUGGUUAAAACUUUAGUAGAAAAUGCAUCCUAUGAACCAUCUAGGAGAUCAUUAAAUUGGUUAAAGGUAAAGAAAGAUUAUGUUGAAGGUCUUUCUGAUUCGGUUGAUUUAGUUCCGAUAGCUGGUUAUUAUGGGAAAGGAAAAAGAAGUGGAGUAUAUGGAGCUUUUGUUUUAGCAGCUUAUAAUUCUGAAACUGAAAAUUUUCAAACCGUUUGUAAGGCAGGUACAGGUUUUAGUGAUGAGAUAUUAGGUACGUUAUAUGAAUCAUUAAGUGAAAAAAUUAUUCCAAAUAAAAAAUCGUAUUACGAAGUAUCGGAUAAAUUAAAUCCUGAUGUAUGGUUUGAUGCUCACUAUGUAUGGGAGGUUAAGGCAGCAGAUUUAUCUUUAUCACCUGUACAUACAGCAGCUAUUGGUAUAUAUGCAGAUGAUAAGGGUAUUGGUUUAAGGUUUCCUCGAUUUUUACGUUUAAGAGAAGAUAAAAAUGCAGAACAAGCAACAACUACACAACAAAUUGUAGAUUUUUAUGAGGCACAAUUUAGUAAUAAUAAAAAUAAGAAUAUUGAUUAUAAUGAUGAUACUGAAAGUGAAUAA